GGAAGUGUUGUGGUUGGCGUUUUCACUGAUGCUUUGCAAGCGUGCAAAACAGGGAAAUGAACAGAGAAUGUAUUGUGAAAGUACGCUUGAUUUAAAUAUGUUUAGGUGCAAGUAAUUUAUUUGACACUUGUUCAGUUCAGUGAUUACUGUGUGUGGUAGCAUUCUUUGAUAAUUUCAUUUCAGUGUGUUAGCACAUUUUACUGCCUUUCCUCCCUGUUGUGUGACUUGUUUCUCCCAUUGAAAUGUGAUGUAUUCACUUGCCGAUGAAAUCAAGGCUUUCUCAAAGGCUUCGCUGAAGAAACAGAGCACCAGAGUAACAACCAUUACUGGGAAAAGACUUAUUGAAACACUGAGAGACGCUCGAGUGCAGAUAGUGGAAGAUGCUCAACAAACGGAUGGAGUUUGCGGAUAUGUCGAGGACACCAGCCUCGAUCUGAAAAUUGGUGUUGUCAAGUCCUGGCUAAUGCUCGCAUCCCAAGAUGUGGCACAUGACUAUGAAAAAUUAAAAGAUUAUAAGAUUUCUCAUAUCUUGAAUGUGGGCUAUGGGGUUGAAAAUGCAUUUCCACAUGAAUUCAUUUACAAAAGCGUUACCAUACUGGACGUCCCUGAGACUUCUAUCAUCUCAUUCUUCCCAGAAUGCUUUGAAUUUAUUGACCAAGCAAAGGAACAGAAUGGGGUUGUGCUAGUUCACUGCAAUGCUGGAGUGUCACGUUCUGCAUCUGUAGUAAUAGGUUAUCUCAUGUGGGCAAAUGGACUGAGCUUUAAGGAUGCUUUUUCAAUUGUGAAGAACGCAAGGCAAGCUAUUAAUCCUAACCAUGGUUUUAUGGAGCAACUAAGAAAUUACCAGCCAAGAAAUGAAUAAAGCAAAAUGGCUGAAUGAAAAGAACUGCUAACUUUAUGGAAGUUAGGAAAACUUAUGGUGAUAUUACACAUUUAAAAACUGUUAUUUUCUUCAUGAUUGGUAAUAUUUUCAAUGCUAACAUGUAUGUUGUCAGCAACAAAACUUGCAUUAAUGGUAGUUUGGAUGCUGCUCAUUUACAACUUAUUAAAAUUAAAUGGACUAAAAUGACAUGCGAUAUUGUAAACUCAGUGUCCUAACUAUGAGACAUCAGAUAUGUUUAUUGGUCUACAUCUAAACAUAUUCCAAACAUUUUUUCAAGCAUACAGUUGUUUGCCUUUUAAAAUUGUGGAUCACUAUAACUUAAAUAUUCUAUAGUUGUAUGUGUGAAGCUGGAGGAACACAGCAGGUCAGGCAGUAUCAGAGGAACAGGAAAGUUGAUGUUUUGGGUCGACUCUGUUCCUCCAGCUCCAUACUGUAUUGACUUUGACUUUCAGAAUCUGCAGUUCUUGCUAUAUCCUAUAGUGCUAAGUCAGUGUUUAUAUGGUCUGUAAUUCUUCAUAAAAAUACAUAUUCUAAGAGGAAACCAUUGCAAAGCACUUGAUGUCAAAGAAAGAAAAUCAUCUUGAAGUUGUAUAAAAUAUGUUCUAUUGUAGAAAUGGUUAAAAACCUAAAUGCUGUGCAAACAAAGAAGUGUUCACAAUACAUCUACUGUCUGUUUUUUUGAUCUGCUUCUGGGGAUCUUCAAAUAUACAAGUGCCUAUAUCACUCAAAAAGGAAAUGCAAAGUUCGAUCUGCUCAAGAAGUACUUCAAUUUCAUUUCUUUAAUUAGUGCAGCUUGGAGCAUUGUGAUGAAAUUGUAUUACAACGUAAUAAAAUUAUGUCUGUAAAACCAAUAAAACAGCAAUUUGGUUUUUUGUUA